GCCAUUUUGGUGGGGCCGGGAAUUAUCCAGCGGGAGCGGCGGAGCUCGCUGGGCCCGGCUCGGAGGCAGCGGCGAGUGGGUGCCGGCUGCGGAGAUGGCCAACAUCGCGGUGCAGAGGAUCAAGCGGGAGUUCAAGGAGGUGUUGAAGAGCGAGGAGACGAGCAAAAAUCAAAUUAAAGUAGAUCUUGUAGAUGAGAAUUUUACAGAAUUAAGAGGAGAAAUAGCAGGACCUCCGGACACACCAUAUGAAGGAGGGAGAUAUCAACUAGAGAUAAAAAUUCCAGAAACAUAUCCCUUCAAUCCUCCUAAGGUGCGGUUUAUCACCAAAAUAUGGCAUCCUAACAUUAGCUCGGUCACUGGGGCCAUUUGUUUGGAUAUCCUGAAAGAUCAAUGGGCAGCAGCAAUGACUCUAAGGACAGUGUUGUUAUCAUUGCAAGCACUGUUGGCAGCUGCAGAACCAGACGAUCCACAAGAUGCAGUAGUGGCAAAUCAGUACAAACAAAACCCAGAAAUGUUCAAACAGACAGCUCGACUUUGGGCACAUGUGUAUGCUGGAGCACCAGUUUCUAGUCCAGAAUACACCAAAAAGAUAGAAAACCUUUGUGCUAUGGGCUUUGAUAGGAAUGCAGUAAUAGUGGCCUUGUCUUCAAAAUCAUGGGAUGUAGAGACUGCAACAGAAUUACUUCUGAGUAACUGAGCCAUGUAAAGAGCUGCUUCUGUAGUCCAGCUUUCCCUUUCUGAGGAGCAUCACCAUCUGUUAUUUUUAGGAUUCUAUAUAGAUUCUCUUUUAAAACUGGCACUCUUGCCUGACGAUGCUAUCUAAGCACUAUUGGAGACUGAAAAACCGCUCUGUAAAUAAAGCUAAUUAAACGUCUGUGUAAAUUUAAAAGGGGAAAUACUUUAAUUUUUUCUUACUAAAUAUUGUAAAAAUUCUUUGAGCUCAGCUAAAACAGCGGGGGGGAAAACAUGCCUACUUUAGUGUUUAGCAGUGUGACCAAGCCUAGCAGGAAUUUGCUUCAGGAUUUUGAUUUAAUUAUUCGGAUAACAUUUUUGAGUGUCAAAGUCAUCAAAAUUGUUGGUGUCACUCAUCACAGCUAUCUUACUGUUUUUAACAUGGAUCCUAUGUGCCUGUGGAUUGACCUAUAUUUGCAUGCUUGUACUUUACUAGACAUUUUAGAUAGGGUAGCUGAAGAGAGCACCAUUUAAGUACUUGAAUGUUCUUGUUAACUUUUUUCCUGAAAACCGUUUCAAGAUUUACCCAAAGUUCAAAAUGGUGACCUGUUCAGAACCUCUUUCUUAGUCAGGUGACUGGGAAAUCUGCUUAUCUGCCCUCCCCAACAACACAAACCUAAAAUAUCAUUCUGGAUUCCUUUCCAUAAUCUGUGGGUCUGGGUGCCAUUAACAGCU